AAGCCAUUGUUGUUGUACUGGAGAGUUUGUUACAACUGUUGCUGGCUACUAGCAAUGGUGGAUAUGGAGGAACCGAGAAGUACACCCAUCUCUGGUUAUCUGCUACUGGAAGACAGAGGCGGGCUGGACGGAAGAUGCAUGACCAUGCCUCCGUUGCAUUCCUCGAUGAGAACCGCGGAGGACGCGUCCCGAGACGGUAAACAACCGAUAAGGACGGCUACUUUCACCGCUUACACCCCCAGCACUGCAGAAAACGAAGCGGAGGAUAAAUUAUCCGCUCUCCGCGAGAGUGUCUCGCCGAAGUCGCAGCCCGCAAUCUUCUCCGGCCGUCGCACCGGAAUUCUCCGUCAGAGCACUUCCCUGGACAGCACCAGCGACGGGAGUGAAGCUCAGCAGAGGAGACGGACCAAUAAGCAAGUGUGUAUAACUCUGCCUGGCUCGUCCAUGCCCACGGUCUCGUCGCAACAACACCUGGAACACCAGGGCAAAACUGCACUACCGACGGAGAGCUCUGUGCGACCUCGGGAGGCGGUGGUGGAGGUUCAGGUUCACGUCAACAGUAGCAACAGCACCAGAGCUGAUGAUGAAGAAGAGUCCCGUGAAUCAGCUGCAGCAGGUCUUCUGAAUGGCGGUGAUCAGCAGUCAUCAGAGCAGGAGAUAGUUUUCCUGAGGGAGAGACGAGACACACGGCAGAGAAGCAUGAGACGGAGUCUGGGACAGAGUCUCACAGACAGCCUCAGUCGUAUCGGGAGCCGCAUACGACGGGGCCGCAAACCCCCCAAAUUACAGCGACUGCAGACCACCCUGGACUUUGACAAACUGGCAGAGAAUGAGCUGGAGCUGAAGGCCAAUCUCUAUUGGCACAUUGCCACCCCCAUCAAGAGGUGGAAGGUGGAGCGACAGGUCCCCAUUAAACUGAUUCUUCAGCUGUUGAAGACUUUAGUAUUGAUAGUUCAGGCAGUCCUGUUCACGGAAACCAUUGUCCACAAGAGAGGGGAGUUCUUUUUCGACAGUCGUAUUGUCUUUGAGAGUGUAUUUGUGGUGGAUUUUGACCCAGAGUCAGUGCUGCAGCAGCAGACCCUCUACAGUAUCCAGGACGUCGCUAAAGAACUGGAGUUCAUUGCCACAAAUUACUACAGACUGCCGGAGGUAGUAAUCGGAGGGUAUGAUCUGGAGAGGGAUGAAGAGGGAGAGCCUGUUCCGCUCCAACUGUCACUGAGACAGUACAGAGAGGCCAUACUUAAUGCUAGCGAAAGUCGGUUUGUUCUCGACGGAAACAUUGACAAUUUAGAGUUCAACUUUUCCAGAACAUUGAACAGCAACAUCACCGAGAGACUGUUUGAAAUUUCACAAGAUCCACACUUCCAUAAGUUUCUGGAGUUGCGCGUUAGACUGCCAGUGAAUGUGAUCCGCAUUGAAGCUCCCCAGCAGGCAGAAUGCUUCAGGUUUAAUGUUCAGAUUGUGUUUGUCAAUGACGAUAAUAAUGGAAAGAUCUUGUACAGCCUUGGGACCGACUAUUCUCGGAUUGAUAAUUGUGAGGGAGAGAUCCUCAGAGACAAGACUGGCUACAAGGUGAUAAAGGGCAGUCUGCUGGUGCUGGAUCUCAUCGUGCUGAAAUUCUCUCUCCUCUCGCUGUACCUAACGGGAAAGACUCUGCGCAGGGCGUACCGCCUGGGGAAGGCGAUGGGUCAGUUCUACCACCACAGACUCCACCUCCCGCUCAGCUGGUGGGAGAGACGCUCUCUCUUCUCCAAGUGGAACUACGUAAACAUUUUCAGCGACGUCAUCAUUACCGCCGGCACAGUCUACAAGAUCCUCUUGGAGUUUGAUGUUGUUUUGGAUGCAAGUGCUGCUCGAAUUCUACUGGGUACAGCACUGCUGUUUCAAAGUGCAGUCAUUCUUCGCUACCUGAACUAUUUCAGACAAGUCAAUGUGUGUUUACAUAACUGCAAAAUAUAGCACGUAACAGUAGCUUCUCUCUCUCUCUCGUAGGCUCUGACUCGCACACUGGCUCUGGCUUUUCCGGAGCUGGUGAAGUUCAUCCUCUGUGGAGCAGUUCUCUUCUUUGCCUUUUCUCUCUGUGGCUGGGUAGUCCUGGGUCAAUUCCAUCCCAAGUUUACCACCAUCAACGAUUCAGUUGAGACACUGUUUUCUCUACUGAACGGAGACGACAUAUACAACACAUACAUUCAGCUGGAGCCCCAGGUCGACUUGGCUGCAUACAUCUACAGCAGAGCUUUUCUCUACAUUUUCCUGGCUCUGUUUAUCUAUGGAGUCCUUAACCUCUUUACUUCUCUUGUCAUCUCUGCCUACGAGAUCUCUCAGAACAAGGACACCGCGAUAGGGAAUGAGGUAAGGAGAUUCGUCUUCUCUGGACCACUGACUCCUCGAGGAGUGGCUCUCAGAGAUAUCACCUCGACCUCCAAGUACGUGGACCCCGCUGUCAUUCUGAACAAGGCUCAACGGAAGAGAAAAAACUCCUCAGAUGAUGACGAAUAACAAUAAUAAUAUCCGAUUUUUUACACAAUGGGAUUUUUAAAUCAUCAAAAUUUUUUUAUAACUCCUCGUCCACGUCCUCUUUUCCGACCACGCCUCCCUGUCCCCCGUUUGUAAUCUGGUGUUGCCGGGACAACCAGAUUUGAAAUAACAUCAUCGCACUCCCAGCACCCGGUGACCUUUGAACCUCCACUAUUCUCAACAGAAACUCGACUAAGGUCGGCAGUCAGUAGAGAAGAGCCACACCCCUCACACCUCUCCUUGGAGCUGUGGACAUCAGAGGAGCCAGCGAAUCCCUCGUACAUCACCCGACACUUUGGGCCAUUGCAUGAGAUCUUCCAUUUGGGGGCGGGGCCUCCGGUCUUGAUGUAAGGCUCCAGGACGAGUGUUCCUCGCUCGCACUCUGAGCACUGGUCAACCCGACCCUGCGGCAUGGCGUGGGGACAAGACUGGUGCGGACACUGGUUGCAACCCAUUCCUUUAGCCACUCCCUUGAACGGAGGCUGGUUGUAGCAGUACGGACACACGAGGUAUGAUUUAGUCGGCGAUGAGAACACGAGAAGUUCAAAGUCGUCAAGAGGGCAUUUAAUCUCUUUGUAGAGCUUGAUGGAGCCACCCUGUGGCAGACUGUACGUCUGGUUGCAGUGGACGUAGUUACGAGAACAGAUGUUUUCAAUGUGGACUGGA